UUAAAAGCCGCUGCUUGCCGUUUCUCACUCAUUCUCGGUUUGUAUCCUCUGGCAUUGCAGGGGACUCCCGGCUCUCAGUCUCACUAAGCUGAAAAGCGAGCAAAGAAACAGAGAGGGCAAAGACAAACAGACUUCCAGAAAUAGCAUCAGCCACGUACGGCACAACCGAGCAUGGAGAACCUGAGACCCGGACGCAAGAUGUCCUUCCUUUCCAACUUGACGCCCGUUGUCCUGUUGCUGAUCAUCCACUGUGGAUCUUGGUCUUUGGCAGGUCGCUUGGGCCCCAACAAAAACUGCCUGACCUGCAAAGACGUGCACCCCUUGGGUGCGGGCCGGACCUCCAGGGACCCGGCUGGGGCGCCCAGCACAAUCGUGUUGGCAUUGGGGGAGCCCUGUGGGGUUUACACCCUGAGCUGCGCCAAGGGGCUUCGCUGUGUGCCCCCUCCACGUGAACACAGGCCCCUUCAGGCUCUGCUGCAGGGCAGAGGCUUCUGUGCCAAACAGAGCAGAACGAGUCCCACCGAGAGGCCCCGCCCCACAGGUAAGAGUUUCAGCCAGCGGAUGCCUUUGCAGUCCCUUCCUCCGUCUUGUAGCUUCGCCGGCGUUGUGCUGUGCCGCAUACGGUGAGAAAAUGCAAUGGGUAAUCUGCUUUAAGUA